AUGUCACAUUCUCCUAACUCGGGGUAUGGCUUUCAUACCUCAAUGACCGCCGCCAUACAGAGCGCAGAGCCCACCCGUCUCUCUGAUCCCGAAUCGAAACCCGCGAAGAUGAAUAAAGAGAUAGAAGUCACCGAGAAGGACUCAUCCAACGCCAAUCGCGCGCCAUCGCUCGAUAGCGGAUCAAUGGAAUCUACAUACGACCAUACCCAUCGCAAGCUCAAGCCUCGUCAUGUACAAUUGAUUGGAAUUGGAGGAACAAUUGGCACAGCCUUAUACGUUCAGAUCGGAUCUGGAUUGCGGACCAGUGGUCCUGCCAGUUUGUUUAUUGGAUUCAGUCUUUGGAGUUGUGUGAUUUUGAUCAUCACCGUCUGCUUGGCUGAAAUGGUCACGUACCUGCCUAUCUCCUCACCAUUCAUCCGAUUCGCCGGCCGCUACGUCGAUGAAGCUUUAGGCGUUGCCGCUGGGUACAACUUCUUUAUUUUCGAGGCGGCCCUGGUGCCUUUCGAGAUUGUCGCCGUCAGCUUGAUCAUUAAAUACUGGACCGAUGUGAUUCCUGUCGCAGCCAUGAACGUGGUUAUUAUUGUACUCUAUGGAAUACUGAAUCUCUUUGCUGUGAAAUGGUACGGCGAAGCAGAGUUCUGGCUCUCACUGGGAAAGGUCUUGUUAAGUAUAGGCCUGAUCCUUUACACAUUCAUCGUCAUGCUAGGCGGCAAUCCGCUCGGCGAUCGUUUUGGUUUCCGCUACUGGAACGAACCAGGUGCCUUCAACGAGUAUUACAAGACAGGUGAUACCGGCAAGUUCCUCGGUGUCCUCGCGGCUGUCAUCACGGCCAGUUUCACCAUCGCCGGUCCCGACUAUGUUUCCAUGGCUGCUGGUGAGACUAUGAACCCGCGCAAGGUCCUGCCUAAGGCCUUCAACGGUGUCUUUUACCGUCUCACGGCAUUCUUCGUUCUGGGUGUUCUCUGCGUCGGAAUUCUGGUCCCGUACAACGAUAAGACCAUGGCCGAUGCUUUCGACAAUGGCAAGCCCGGUGCUGCUGCCUCUCCCUAUGUCAUCUCGAUGGAUCGCCUGAAGAUCCCCAUCCUGCCAGACAUCGUCAACGCUGUCAUUCUCACCGCUUCCUUCAGCGCGGGUAACAGUUACAUGUACUGUGCCAGUCGCAGUCUGUACGGUCUAGCACUUGAGGGCAAAGCUCCAAAGUUAUUUACCAAGUGCACCAAAAACGGUGUUCCCAUCUACUGUGUCGGUGUCGUGCUUGCCAUUGGCCUAUUGAGUUUCUUGCAGGUAUCCAACGGUGCAUCAGUCGUGCUAAACUGGUUUGUCAAUUUGGUCACCGCCUCCCAGCUCAUCAAUUUCUCCGUCAUCACUUUCACCUUCAUCCGCUUCAAGAAAGCUCUCGCGGCCCAGGGCAUUGCCCGGGAAACCUUGCCAUACCGCAGCUGGUUCCAGCCAUACAUCGCCUACUUCGCUUUCGUCUGCACCACAACCAUGGCAUUCGUCGGUGGUUACACCGUCUUCCUUCCCGGAAAUUGGUCCAUCCCAACAUUCCUCUUCUCCUACACUAUGAUCGGCGUCUUCCCGGUUAUUUACUUCGGGUGGAAAUUCUUCCACCGGACCAAGUUCCUCAAGCCCGAGGAGGUUGAUCUGGUCACUGGUGUCCCUGAAAUCGAGGAGUACACCAGAGACUUUGUUAUCAUACCACCGAAGUGA